AUGUUUAGUUGUUUACUGAGAAAUAAGGUAACGAUCGCUAGGCCGUUAAGAACAACUCUGAAUAACCAAGGGAGAUAUAAUCCUAGUGUGUUGAGGAUCUCGCAAGGUUCUUACUCAAGAUCAUAUAGUAGAAAUUAUCGAUAUGAAAGGUUUAAUAAUGCUGAUCAAAGAGGUUUGACACUUUCGAAUAUUAUUUAUGACAAAAAUAAAAGGAAAUAUGUUUAUUAUGCCGUCGGUGGGUUUGCUGUAUUCUAUUUCAUUAAUUUAAAGAAAGCUCCCAUUAGUGGACGUAUGCAAUUUAUCUGGCUUCCAGAAUGGUUAGAAUUAAAAAUUGGUAAAUACUCAUACAACUCCAUAAUUAAUCAAUAUCAGCAACAUAUUUUACCGCCUAAUAAUAAAUUGACAAGAAAAGUAGAAAAUAUAUUUUACAAAGUACUAGAUGCCUCCAUAAAAGACCCAGAAAUUGAUAACUCUAAAAUAAAUAGUGUUAAAUGGGAAGUUCACAUAAUAGAUACCCCAAAUGCUUCGCCUAAUGCAUUUGUCCUCCCCGGUGGUAAAGUGUUUGUAUUUACAUCAAUUUUACCUAUUUGUAAGAAUGAUGAUGGUUUAGCAACAGUCUUAUCCCAUGAGUUUGCCCAUCAACUAGCUAGACAUACUUCAGAAAAUUUGUCCAAGGCCCCAAUUUAUUUUCUAAUAGGGUUACUUAUGUAUUCUGUGACAGGAAUCAAUUCAGUGAAUGAUAUUCUAUUGGAUGGUUUACUGAGGAUGCCUGCCUCUAGGAAAAUGGAAACUGAGGCAGAUUAUAUUGGAUUGAUGUUGAUGUCUCGAGCUUGCUUUAAUCCAGAAGAGGCUGUGAAUUUGUGGGCAAGAUUUUCUGAAUUUGAGAGAAGACAUAGAUUAAAAUCAAAUGAAAUAACAGAAUUUCUGUCCACGCAUCCUGCAAGUGAAAGAAGAAUAGAAAAUAUGCAAAAAUGGUUACCAAAAGCAAGAAUUGUUUAUGAAAAUUCUGACUGUGCGAUGACUAACAAUUUCUAUCAAGGGUUCACGCAGUCAGUGUUUGGUAAUCCAUCGUCAGGACCAUUUCUAAGAGAUAAUAAAUUUAUGUAG